AUGAAGAUAGUCAUCGUCGGCGGCGGGAUCGCUGGUCUAUCGGCAGCGAUUUCGUUGCGGUCACCUCGUCGCAGCAUCAUUGUUCUAGAGAAAUCUCAAAUGUUGAAAGAGACCGGAGCUCUCAUUUCCCUUCAGCCCAACGCAAGCAAGAUUGUUUCCACAUGGGGCAUCGAUUCCUUUUUGGCACCAUCCGGUCCCAUGGUUGACAAAGCUUUUCGGCUGUUCGACAAGACGGGAAAGCUAGAGCGCGAAAUGAAGCUUGAUUUCGCAGAGUUUGGCGCCGACCGCAUUCUGUAUCACCGACAGGAUCUUCAUACGGCCCUGAAGAAUGCGGCCACGAGCCCAGACCUACCUGGGAAACCGGCCGAGAUUCGCACUGCAAGCGCAGUCACUGGCUGCGACGCUGACGAGGGUACUGUCACCAUUAAUGGGAAUGAAAAGAUCGAUGCAGACAUCAUUAUUGGCGCUGAUGGUAUUCGCUCCGUGGUUCGCAAGUUCCUUGUGGGUGAUGGUUUCGACGCAAUUCCAACCGGCAUCUCUGCGUAUAGGAUGCUCGUCCCCAUCGAGGCUCUCAAGGGUAUUCAAAUUCCCGAGGGUGCUUUUGAGCCUGCUGAAGCAGUAACCACCAUGAUUGUGGGCCAUGACCGUCGGGUCAUAAUGGGGCCAGGCCGCAAUUCCACAGUGUUUGGAAUAGUUGCUUUAGUUCCUGAUUCUCUGACCCAGGGGCAGUCGAGCCCUGACUCAUGGGUAAACGAUGGUAGCAUAGGAGCAGUUCUCGAUGCCUUCCAAGACUUCCCGUCGUGGCUUCUGGAGAUCUUCAAGCGCGCGCCAGAACAUGCGCUCUGGCAACUUCGUGAUAUUGAUCCUUUACCUACAUGGGUUCAAGGGCGAACUCUGUUGAUUGGAGAUGCUGCUCACGCGAUGCUCCCCACUCAAGGUCAAGGAGCAUCCCAAGCUAUUGAGGAUGCUGAGGCGCUGGAUGCCUUUCUCGGGGAUCUGCCUGAUAAGGCGACAAAAGAAGACGUCAACAAAGUGCUGGUCAGAGUAUUCGAGUCCCGAUUUGGCCGGGCGAGCUUGAUCCAGAGGUAUAGCCGCGAGCAAGCCAGACCAGGAACAGAUGGCGACUCCAAGAAGGUAAAAUUAGACCCUGGAGAAUUCAUGAAAUUCAAUUGUGAUUACAGCGGUGCAAAGGAUUGGAUGAACAGGGUGAAGCAAGGCACAGUGAACUUAUAA